AUGGUUUACUAGAUAACAUAAUUUUGACAAGAGGGAUUUUAUGCCUUCAAUAUCUAGGAUAUGACUGGUUAAUAAGACUUUACACGGGCAAGAUAGGUUUGUUAUGAAGAAGAGAAGCACUAUUGAUUUUAAUCUAUCCUUGUAGUCACGCAGAUGGCAUUGACAUCAUCCACCCCUUUGCAGCAGCAUUGUGGUUCCUCGUCCAUGGACACUUUACACUCAUUUCUAUUUGCUCACCAUUUCAGAAAUUCAUACGGGCACCCUUCAAGCCUAUCAGUCUCACAUUCUAACUCAAUUUUCUCAAACUGGGAAGUGAAAGGAACAUCAAAAAUCAGAUGGGUAUUUCCCAGGCUCAAGAUUUAUGCAGUCACAAGGAUUCCAUCCGACACAGAAAGCAGCAGCCCCAGUAAUAGCCCUCAACGGCUCCUGAGAGAACUAGCAGACAUGAAAACCAGAGAAAGAAGUCCAAGGCAAAAGUACAAACUGCCACCCAAAACAUACAUUUUGAAGACCCCCAUGGAUGACAGAAAGCUAGCAGAGAGGUUUCUCCAGAGCCCCCAGUUAUCACUGAAAUCGUUUCCUCUGCUGAGUUCAUGCUUGCCCGCAAAGAAUUUAGGUGACCUUGAUAGGGCCUGGAUGGAAGACAAUCUGCUGGAGGCCAAGCAGGCACUUGGUUACCCACUGGAGGUCCUGAACAACAUUGAUCAGAAUAGCCCUGCUGCACAUUUUGAUACACUAUUAUAUCUUGCAUUCCAGCAUGAGGAGAGUGAGAGGUCCAAGAAGGCCAGGUAUGUCAGAAUUGGGCACUCUAGACUUGCAUUUUUAGGCGAGUUUGUUGUGAGCUUUGCAUUGGCAGAGUUCUUCCUGCAGAGGUACCCGAGGGAGCCUCCUGCUUGUCUCAGAGAGAGGGUAUUUGGUUUGACAAACAAGAGAGUGUUGCCAUAUUGGAUCAAGGUUGUUUGUCUGGACAAUUUGGUCUUUCCUUAUGAUGACAUAACAAAAUUGAAGAGGCAUGAGCGUGAACCAAUUGUCAAGCAAGUAUUCUUUGCACUCAUGGCAGCAAUCUACCUAUGUUUUGGGACAACUGAAAUAUAUCGUGUUCUUUUUGAAGUAUUUGGAAUGGACCCAGACGCUGAAGAUUGUCAGCCAAAAGCCAGGCGACAGCUGGAAGAUAUUGAUUAUGUUUCUUCGGAGUAUGAAGGGAAGAACUUAACUUGGCAAGAAAUUGUUGCUUACAAGCGUCCUGCAGAUGCACUCUUUGCACAUCCAAGGCUUCAUAGAGCAUGUGUACCUCCUGGAAUUCAUAAAUUUCGAGGAAAUAUUUGGGAUGUAGAUUCCCUGCCACAUAUUUUGCAAGCAUUAGGGUAUCCUUUGCCAAUGUUGGACACAAUCCCCGAGGCAACUGAGGCCAGAAACAUUGAAUUAGGACUUGCACUUCAGCUCUGCUUCUUGCAUCCAUCAAAAUACAAGUUUGAGCAUCCUCGAUUUUGCUUUGAACGCUUUGAAUACGUUGGGCAGAAUAUUCAGGAUGUUACCAUGGCUGAGAGACUGCUUAUGAAGCACCUGGAUGCACCUGGGCAUUGGAUACAAGAGAAACAUCGUCGUUUACUUCUAAAUAGAUGGUGUGGAAGAUAUCUUCGUGAGAAGGGACUUCACAAAUCUAUUAUAUAUGGUGAACAAAGGAAACAAGCCUAUGAAGAAAACAGGAAACUUAGAAAUAUAGCUUCAACUGCUGUACAACAAGCUCUCCACGGUCUUGCAUACACUGUGUAUGGCAAACGCGAGGUCAGGCGUUUGAUGUUUGAGUAUUUUGAUUUUGAGCAGGUGAUGCCAAAAUCUCCGUAGGAAGUAUUAUGAAUCAAUUGUUGUUAAUCAGAGGCACUUGUAAUGCAAAAUUUCGUGCAUUCAUAACUACCAGUUUUGUACCAUAAUAGCACGCUGCACUAUGUAGCUAUUUCUUGUUGAUAACAAUUUGAGAAAUUUAUACAUUCAACGAUCAUUAAAUAGCUAUUGUUCAUUCGUUGGCACAUUGCUACUGUAAAUGAUGAUAUAAAGCAAAUGUUGGUAUUCCAGAAAGA